AAACAAUUCAAUCAACUCGACGAAGACCAUGUCUCAACACCAAGGUAGCUCAGAAAACGUAGCACAAGCGAAUGCCAAGCUCUCGAUCUUGGUAGCUUGGCGAGCAUUGGCAGUCUCAAAAGCUAUCGCCCCAUCCAUCACCGACAAUCACUGCCUUUUCGCAGACGUCGCUGUCGCAUCAUUCACUUGUGUCCCAUGACAUCAGGGAAGUGGUGCGCUAAACCCCAAGAGAGACAAAAUGGUUGCUACAGCUUUGCUCCAUUGGGUAAGAUGUUGUGGUGCACCUCUUCUCCAUCGUUGCCCACUGUCGUCAUCACUGAGCUGUCGUGCACUCGGAACUUUUCUCUACCUUAGAUGCACUAGUCCAGCAAGUUCCUCUCGCUUCGGGCAUCGAAGGCUGCAGGCUGGACCCGUAGGAAUAAGGUGGAAGCAUCAUCUACUGCCCACCAGAGCAUUCAAUGUCUCCGCUGGGAUUUACUUUAGUGUGAUUCAGAGUGCUGCAGCCGGGAUCAAUGUGCGCUGGGCGAGCACCCGUGAAGGGUGGUAGCCUACGGGGACCUACGUAACGCCUCGAUGGUGGUGAGUUCAUCUGGGUUGCGGUCCUUUCUCAAGUGAUAAGUCGUAUGCUCCCCUCGUGCAUUUGGCUACGAUCCCCUCCUCUCCUCUGCGAAGCCAUUCAUGUACCUAUCUCACUGGGAACUCCGUGUCUUUCCUCAGCCGAAGGGAGAAGAAACAUACUAAUCACCGUCGUACAAUUCGACUAAGACACACAUCUCCCGGUCUCCACACCGACAAGCCAGUCCGUCUCCCGAGCAUCACAUCACCCCUAGACGCUAAGGAAAAGGCUCCAGAAACAAAAACAAGAAACCCCCCCAGAGCUAAUAAACAAGGUUCAUAAGGAUCGUCAAUCUCCUCAGCCCAGGCCUUAAUUCUCUUCCGGCUCCCUCUUCCUACUUUUAUAAGAUCUAUCGCCAUCGCCCGACAGUUCCAGACGCCUGUUCUCUACAGCACAAGCAAACUCUGGACCCUUGUCGAGAGACACGAAAUAAGACGCAAGAUUUCAUUAGCGGUCUUUUUAGCUGCAGCCUUUUCCUUGACGGUGAUCCUGGCAGCGUGACGACAUCCAACCCCCGGGGCUCCAUCGCAGUAAAUUAAUCCUUUCGAGUUCGAUUUUUUGGGCAGAAGUGCUUGCAGCAGCGCUUGAUUUUGAUUGCGGCCAGAUACUGUUCAGCUGGAGAAUAGUAUACUUUCCAACGGGAUAUAGCCAUGGCGAAGAAUGCUCCUCUUGGCCUCGCUGGCCUGGUCCUCCUCGCUGUUUCCCUCCUCUUCCUCUGGUUCAUCAUCCUCUCAGGCUUGACCUCUACCACGCCAUUCGACAAGACGUAUUUCCUCCGCGCCGACACAGGCGGUAUCUCGGGUGCUCGCGAAGUCACACAAUGGAACUUCUUCUACAUUUGCGGUGCCGGCAACAAUGACUGCGAUGGCGCCCGCGCUGCCCCCGUCAUCGGUCGCGCCUGGGACUCAAACCCACGUAAUGCGCCCAGCUCGCUUGUCGGUAGUCGUGCCGGCGACACCACAUCGAACAAACAGUUCUUCUUGUGGCGGUUUGGCUGGGUCUUCAUUCUGAUCACUCUGUUCUUCGAGACCCUCGCCUUCUUUACUGGCUUCAUUGCCUGCUGUGGCCGUCUUGGUGCUGGAAUCUCUGGCAUCAUGUCCAUGUUCGCCCUGUUCUGCUCCUCAGUUGCAAUGUCCCUAAUGACUGCUACCUGGGUUCUCGCUCGCAAUGCCUUUCACCAUGACGGUCGAUCGGCCUCCAUUGGCCGCUAUGCCUUCGGUUUUGCGUGGGCCUCAUGGGCCACUUUGUUCAUUGCCACCAUUCUCUUCUGCCUAGGCAUGCGUGGUGACAAGUCGUCAAGCGGAGGUUACAGCGGCCGCUCAUGGCGCCGUAGACGAAGUGUCCGCAGCAGCCAUGGCGGAGGCUAUGAGGGGCGCCGUGUUAAGGAUGACUAUUCCUAAACUGUUACCUGGCAGCUGUCUGUUAGGCCACAUCCCAGUGACUCUCCAAUGUCGGCAGAGCUCGAUUAGGGAUGAGCAUGAACAGCCGCAGUGAUCGCAUCCACGACAGCCUCAAUGGUUGUUCGCGUGCUACGCUAUAAUUUUGUUCCGUCUAUAUUUGAUUCACCAACCAUGAUCUGUUCUACUGAGCAGGUUUGUGUUCAUGAUAUGUUUGGCGAGGAGAAUGGGCUUUCUCUGAACGUAAUGUUGAAGUUAUGGGCGAGAUCUACAAGAAGCUUGCUUUCAUCAACUGUCUAAUAGUUAUUAUGAAUGUAUGAUAUUACAACAAUUUAAGUAUUUUCAAAUCUCGAUAUUCUAGCCUCUGUUUCUCGAUAUUGCCACUUGGCAUCGUGUGGACAUUGCGAGCUAACAACCCCGAGCUUCAUGGCGUCACACAAAUGAUCACUCUUCAGUAGUUACUACUACAGCGAGGAUAGGUCAUGUUGCCGUUGUAUAGUCCACGAGGUACCUAAUACCAUAAAGUUCAAAUCAUUAUGCAUGUUCCAUAUUGACGUUAUUCGUCCAUUCGCCAAACCAUGAAAUGCAUAUCACCCCCCUACCCUAACUCUCGUUAAGCGAUUGAAGCCCGAAGUCACCUCCAAAGCCCUCUCUUUUAUCCUGUGUUGUUCGCCGCUGUCCCUUUCCUUCAAGUACAUGAAAUGAAAAAAAAAACCAACAUGCUAUCCUGGUUCGUUUUCCAACUUGGUGCCAUUCGCCCAAUUUUGUUCUUCCGAAAAACAAAUGCCAAAAUCCGGCCCGAAUUUGUCUAAACCCAUCCUAAAGCGUGUACAGGAGUGUCCUCCGAAAAAAUGCAGAAAAAGAAGGUCAAAAUGAUUCAAGUAACACAUGCUGAUGCCUGGGGACUUUGUGUUGUGUUACUGCUGAUGAUAAAAGGUCGACACAUUGGAAAUAGCCGUCGCAUCAGUUGAGCAGAUGCUUGUUAUCCAUAGUCCUGUAGCCAACUAGAUACCUGCUCCGUUGGCAUGCUUCCUAGAUGGCCGAGUCUUUCCCCCGGAGAGGUAGGAUUGGGCCGCACCGGCUUUACAAACUUUCAUGCAUCCUUUGGGCUUGACAUAGGACUGACGCUAUCAAGCGGUGCAUUGUGUAGUGCUGGUUUCAAGGGCCCGUCCUCCUUCAGGCCAUCUUUCUCUCGUUGUAGAACGCCAUUGACCCAAUCUGCCACUUCAGUAUCUGCAGUUGAUGAGCUCAAAUCAAUUUUACCAACAGCUUCCGCGACCGUAUCAACUCCAUCACCCUCCUCAGCUUCUUCCGUGAUUGUUUGAGGCUUUGUAAAUUCGACGAGCCACGGAUGUUUCAAUAGCAUGGCGUAGGUUGGCCGCUUCAUAGGAAUCUUGUGAAGACAGCUUUUCACAAAAUCCUUGGCCAUGUCCGAGUAAGUGUCCUCUGGCAUAGCAGGUGGUUCACCUUCAACAAUAGCCUGUAGCAUGUUAGUAAUCCAUGACUGGCUUAACUCAAAAGAAGGAGCGCUUACACUCAGUUG